AUGAGACUAAAAACAUCACUGUUAAAGGAGCCAAAACAUAAAGAACUUGUGAGUUGUGUUGGCUGGACUUCAGCAGAUGAAGUGUACUCCUGCAGUGAAGAUCACCAGAUUCUGAAGUGGAACCUGCUAACUAGUGAAACUAGUUUGGUUGCCAAGCUUCCAGAUGACUUUUAUCCGAUUGAACUCCACUGGUUUCCUAAAACUCUGGGCUCCAAGAAACAGAACCAAGCUGACAUAUUCGUUCUUACUAGUACCGAUGGAAAAUUCCACUUAGUUUCUAAAAGUGGGCUCAUUGAAAAGAGUGUAGAUGCACACAAUGGAGCUGUGCUAUCUGGAAGAUGGAACUGUGAUGGUAGUGCUCUAAUUACAGCUGGGGAGGAUGGCCAAAUCAAGAUUUGGUCCAAGAGUGGAAUGCUGCGAUCUACACUUGCUAGCCAAGGUUCCCCAGUGUAUUCUGUUGCUUGGGGCCCUGACUCAGACAGAAUUCUGUACACAUCAGGAAGGCAGCUCAUUAUUAAGCCAUUGCAGCCCAGUGCUAAAGUCAUACAGUGGAAAGCUCAUGAUGGCCUUAUUUUAAAAGUUGAUUGGAAUUCAGUCAAUGACUUGAUAAUAUCAGGGGGGGAAGAUUGUAAAUAUAAGGUGUGGGACAGCUUUGGUCGGUUGCUUUACACAUCAUCUCCCCAUGAUUACCCAGUCACCUCUUUGUCCUGGGCUCCCGAUGGAGAGGUGUUUGCCAUGGGCUCCUUCAACACACUACGACUUUGUGAUAAAACUGGAUGGUCCUAUGCCUUGGAGAAGCCCAACACUGGAAGUGUGUUUAGCCUGGCCUGGUCUGCAGAUGGCACCCAAAUUGCUGGUUCCUGUGGUAAUGGACAUGUCAUCUUUGCUCACAUUGUGGAGCAGCACUGGGAGUGGAAGAAUUUUGUGAUCACCCUCACCAAGAGAAGAACCAUGCAGGUGCUAAAUGUGAUCGAUGAGGCAGUGGAUGUGUUAGAGUUCAGGGAUCGGGUCAUAAAAGCCUCACUGGCAUUUGGGCAUCUUGUUGUUGCCACCUCACUCCAGUGCUAUGUUUACAGUUCAAAAAACUGGAAUACUCCUCUCAUCUUUGACCUGAAAGAGGGAAAUGUCAGCCUUAUUCUUCAAACAGAGAAACAUUUUCUGCUUGUGGAUGGAGCGGGCUUGUAUAUAUUCUCAUAUGAGGGUCGACUUAUAUGUUCUCCAAAAUUUCCUGGGAUGAGGGCUGAUAUUCUCAAUGCUCAAGGCAUCUCUCUUAGCAACGACACAAUUGCUCUUCGAGAUAAAAGUGAUGAGAAAGUCAUAUAUCUCUUUGAUGCCCUGACGGGGAAAGCCUUUGGUGAUGGUAAACCAUUGACUCAUAAGAUGGAGGUGGUGGAUGUUGCCCUGGACCAGUGCGGCCCCUUGAAGGAGCGCAAAAUCGCUUUCAUAGACAAGAACCGUGACCUUUACCUGACCUCUGUACAUCAAGGACGACAACCCAAAAUUUGCAAAAUCGGUAGUAUGGUUCACUGUAUGCAAUGGAAUGAUUCUUCUAACAUCUUGUGCGGUAUUCAAGACAAUCAGUUUACGGUGUGGUACUACCCAAGUGUGGUGUUUGUUGAUAAGGACCUUUUACCGCACACACUUUAUGUUAAAGAUGCAAGUGAGUUUGCCCGGGCACCACAUAUUUUGAGCUAUGUGGGCACCAAGGUGACAUUGCGCCAAGGGGAUGGUUCUUUGGUGUACAGCACUGUUCCACCUUAUCCAGCCAUUCUCCAUGACUACAGCUCCUCUUCUCGCUGGGAGGAUGCACUGCACUUGUGUCGCUUCGCCAAAGACCAGUCUUUGUGGGCAUGUCUUGCUGGAAUGACUAUGGCUAGUAAAGAGUUAACAACGGCAGAGAUGGCCUAUGCUGCUAUUGGACAGUUACCUCGUGUGCAGUACAUUCACUUCAUAAAGGAGCAGGCAUCUAAAGAGUCCUCUCUUGCCCAUAUGCUGCUGUUCAGUGGUCAGGUCCAGGAGGCUGAAGCAGUUCUGUUACAAGCCGGGCUUAUUUAUCAGGCUAUACAGAUCAACAUUGACCUGUUCAACUGGGAAAGGGCACUGGAACUAGCAGUCAAACACAAGACCCAUGUGGACACUGUGCUGGCAUUCAGAGAGAAGUUUCUCCAGAGGUUUGGCAGAAAAGAAUCUAACAAGAGAUUUCUUCAGUACGCAGAAGGGGUUGAAGUGGACUGGGAGAUAAUCCAAGUGAAGAUUGAGAUGGAGUUAUCCAAAGAGCGUGAGAGGGCAGCUAAUGCAUCUGUCAGAGGCAGCAUGGCCUCACGUCGAUAAUGUUUGUGGGACCUCAGCAUAAACUGUGUAAAGAUGUGUGUCUCUGAAGGUUUGUUGAUAUUCAAGUUUGGCACUGGGUCAUAUAUAGACUGGUGAGAGAUUUAGCCACUUAGAAGCAGCUGAUGAACAGAUGCAUUAGCUGCCCUCUCACAUUCUUUACGCUCAAGUGUAUCUUCAGAGCCCACCCAAAGAACAGAGACUACCGAGACGCCUUCCAAGAACGGCAGGUGACCGCAAUACUCCAGCGAAACCUGGUGAAGUGAAACCAGCCCCAAAGCCCAGCAAAGAUGGAGGCUGUUCAAGUUUCACUGUAGAGACUGUAGAAACUCAAAAUUGUGGCAGGAGCAGCAAACAAACUUUAAGAUUGCAAGCUCUCCUGAUCCAUCAGGAGUCUCACAACACCGGUCCCAGGGUGGUCCAAGAGGAAGCACAAAAAACUGACCCUGAAAACACCAAACAAAGUGAUCGGUUCUAUGGUGAAAUACCAGACGAACCGGACGAGGUCAUCACAAGACCACCAGGAGCAGGCAACAAACGACGAAAAAAGAAGAAAAGCUCCAGGGCCGGAUUUCACUUUUUUUGUUUUGGUGAUGAACCAGAAGGCGGUGGAUUUUACCUAAACUAAACUAUUUUGUCUGUAUUUUAGAUUAGACCUGUGCUUCCCACAGUGGGUUUUGUGAACAACCUUUGGGGCCCCCAGCAAUGCCUCUGAGGCCCCCAGGGCCCCCCCAAAGGCCAUUUACAAGACAAGCAUGCUUUAUAGUAGUAUUAUGCCUACAGCCAUAAUUCUAUAUUGUUUAACAUGUAAAUGUAAGAGGAAAAACAUAAAAAUACAUAUUCAGU